CACCGGGCUUCCAGAUAGGAGGUGAUCUGUGGACGGACGUGCUUUGGGAAACUAAUUAGUUCGUGACGUGAGCCAAUUGCAGCAAAAACCCAAGUAUUCGUGAAGGAGAUUGCAGCCCGGACGCCCUGAGUGAGGCAGAUUUGGGGAAGGAAGGAGGGAGAAGGUUGGGGAAGGAGGAGGGGAAAUAUUUUGAAGCAAAGGAGUCGGGUGGUUACGAGGGGACAGAGAGCUGGGGACCGACUGUGGGGUCCCAUCGAGAGGUCUGGAGUCUGCACCGAACCAGCUUCAGGGAUGUAGUCGAACCGGCGUGGAGCUCAGCCCAUCCGAGCUCAUUAUCAUGAAGAAGCACUCAGCCAGGGUUGCACCGCUGUCCGCCUGCAACAGUCCGGUGCUGACGCUCACCAAAGUGGAAGGAGAAGACCGGACCAGAGAGAAUGUGGUGGGCUCCACAGAUGCUCAGUCAACCACUGCAGCUGGGACAGAGUCUGGCCCCAGCAGGCGAAGGCUACACUGUUGCAUCAGAGUAACAGCCGUGCAGGUGCGGAAGGCCCUGUGGGGGGUCGCGAUGGUGAUGUGCGUGUGCUCGUCCUGGGCGGGCUCCACCCAGCUGGCCAAGCUGACCUUUAAGCAUUUUGAUGCCCCCUUCACGCUCACGUGGUUCGCCACCACUUGGAACUGCCUCUUCUUUCCGGUCUACUACAUCGGCCAUUUGUGCAAGAGUCCGGAGAGGCAGACGCCCAGGCAGAGAUUAAGGGAGUGCUGCAGGUUUUUUGGGGAUGAGGGACUGACCCCGAAAGUGUUCUUCACCAAGGUAGCUCCAUUUGGCCUGCUGUGGAUCCUCACCAACUACCUGUACCUGCAGGCCCUCAGGAAGAUUAACACCACAGAUGUUUCUGCACUUUUCUGCUGUAACAAGGCCUUCGUGUUUCUGCUAUCUUGGAUUGUACUCAGAGACCGCUUUAUGGGGGUCAGGAUAGUAGCAGCUAUCUUGGCCAUAGCUGGCAUCGUCAUGAUGACCUAUGCUGAUGGGUUUCACAGCCACUCAGUCAUCGGCAUUACUCUGGUCGUGGCGUCUGCUUCAAUGUCAGCACUCUACAAGGUGCUUUUCAAGAUGGUCCUGGGCAGUGCCAAAUUUGGAGAAGCUGCACUCUUCCUGAGCAUUGUAGGAAGUGCCAACGUUGUCUUCAUCAGCUUCGUGCCAGUUAUCCUGUAUUUCACUCAUGUGGAGUACAUAGGCUCACUUGCAGAUAUCCCCUGGGCCUACCUCUGUGGAGUUGCAGCCUUGCUUUUCGCUUUUAACAUCCUAGUGAACUUUGGCAUUGCAAUAACCUACCCAACAUUAAUUUCCAUUGGCAUUGUCCUAAGUGUCCCUGUGAACGCAAUGGUUGACCUCUACACCUGUGACAUCAAAUUCAACACGGUGCGCCUCAUUGCUGUGUUCAUCAUCUGCUUGGGUUUCCUCAUGCUGCUGCUACCGGAGGACUGGGACCAGUGUAUCAUCCGGCUCACUACGAGGCUGCGCAAAAGAGACGACCCGGCUGAGGCUGCCGCUGAAACAAAUGCCAAUGGUGGCCUCAACUGGAGAGGAAGAGGCAGGACCUCCCUGUCAACAUACGCACGUUGACUCCAUCAUAACCAAAGUGGGGACAUUAAGACAUCUGACCUGGCUAGGGGCCUACAUUGAGCUUUGCAAAGCUGGUAUUGGUUGGGACCGAUAUCAGAAUAUUUAUCAAAGGGCGAGAGAUGCAAGAGGCUUAGAUUGUAUAAGAUAUGAUCACAUUCUCAUGGCUUUCUUUCUUUAAAAGUUUUCAGAUCUGACUAAAGUUUCACCAUUUCUUACCCUUUAAAUUGUUCUGUUGUUUAUCAUAUCCUGAGAAGACUUACCAGCUUGCCUGAUCAAUUCCAGUAACAAGAGAAAUGAAAGCGGUGCAUUUACUCGCACUGAUCCAAAGAAAAAUGGCUGAGAACAAAGGAAAGCCCAUCAGUUUCCAUCUUACGAUGAAAACAUGCCUUUUCUCUGCUCUACAUAGCUUGACUGGCCAGGGACUUGUGGGCCUGAUGGGCUCUUUUGGUGUAAAAAGGAUCAAAGUAACAAUCAAAGCUAAAAACCCAUAUUUUUGAACCCCCCCCACAAUGUGUGUUUUCAUAAGGCUACACAUCUACAGUCUUUACUGGCAUCAUAAGGCCAUUAUGGGAUAAUAAUGGCCUUUUUUAUUGGUAAUUGGAGAAAUUUCUCCAAUUUCUCCAACAACAAACAUUCUCCUGUAUUUAUUAAUGAUUUAUUGUGAUAGACAAACAAGAACUUGAGCAAAAAUUGUAAAGUGGAAGGAAAAGGGUAAUGGGUUUCAAUUUAAUCUAAAAAGUGCGGAGUGUAUUUGUGUUAAGAUGUCCUUUGAUUCAAAACUGUACAAUUCUUGUUCAAGUCUUUCCAAAAUACCAAGACUAAGUGAACCAGGCUGGACGCUUAAUGUCUUUGAAGGUUUAUUG